AUGAUGACUGGCCGUGUGCUGCUGGUGUGUGCCCUCUGCGUGCUGUGGUGCGGUGCCGGCGGGGUUUAUGCAAGGGACAUCGGGAACAAUUCACAGGGUGUCUGCAUGGUGCUAGGAGGAUUUGGAAAGAAAACAUCGCAUUUGGCGAGCGGAUGUGAUAAAAACGCGCCGACGCUCUCUUUGCGUCCAGCGUUGCCCAUUGCUGCCAUACAAGCCGAAGAUACUGAAGAAGGUGCUGGUUCUGACAUCACUGCAGUAGGGGGUGGUGGUGGCGGAAGCGGUGUAAAUUCUGCUAGACAAGAUGGUGCUGGCAGCAGUCAAGCUGGUUCUGUGCCUGGUGCUGGUCUCCCUCCUCCUGCUGGUGCUUCCGGUGUUGGAGGUAAUCCUUCGGGGUCUGUCACUCCUGGUGGUGAUUCGUCACCUGACCGUAGUGUUGGCACGGGGACCAGUGCCAGUCUUUCAUCUACCUCGCAAGGUGAAUCCGAAAAAAAAGUUUUGCAAGGAGAUGAGGCAAAGGAUCAGAGUCACCAGUUGCCCAACGGAAGGGCACCGGAUACGCCCGUCUUUGAAACGCAGUCACGGGGCUCUGAUGCAACAAGGGGGCAAGAUGUUGGCGACAAUUCUACAUUGAGCGGAAAAGAACAGCGCUCUUCGGAAGAACCAGAGAAAAAAGACGGGGAUUCAGACACUAUUCAAACAGUUAAUUCACCAGGAGACCCAAAUAAAGAAUCUCAAGAAAAAGGAAAAGCCUUACCGGAAUUAUCAAACGCACCACUGCCGAAACCCAAAACCGAUCAUCCAAAAAUGAAUCCAGAAAAAGAGAAGAAUGGCAGACAGAAGACGAGUGCAUCCACGGAUUCACCUGCAAAACAAGAGGGAAAUAGCGAGGAUCCUGUAUCCACUUCGGACACUGCGGAAGGUGUAUCGACAGGUAGUCAAGAACAAACAGCAGCGACAUCUUCAAAUGACAGCUUUUCCCCACUUCAGAAGGAAACAUCCACUGAAAAGACUCCUGUGGAGAAUUCUCAACCUUCCCAUACUGCACAGACAGAAAAACGCCAAAGUGUAAAUAAGGAAAAGAUUGGCGACAGUGACGGCAGCACCGCGGUGUCGCACACCACCUCCCCUCUUUUGCUUCUUCUUCUUGUUGUUGCGUGUGCUGCUGCUGCUGUUGUGGUGGCCGCGUGA